AUGGCUGCUGAAACUCAAUCCCAACGGCCCUCUAACCAAGAAAUCGUUAAUACAAUCCGAACACUGGGCGACGAAAUUCGAACGAUUGCUUCGAAGGCUGGUCAAUUAGAACGCGACUCUGAGGAACACUCGGUGGUCGUCGAGACCCUGAAAAAGACAGACCCUGGUCGAAAAUGUUUUCGAAUGAUCGGAGGGGUGAUGAUCGAAAGGACAGUUAAAGAAAUCCUACCCGACUUGGAAGAACAUCGUUCAAAUAUCAACGAGGCAUUGAAAACCCUACUCUCUCAAUACCAAGCCAAAAACACAGAGAUGCAGGAUUAUCAGAAAAAAUGGAACGUAAAAGUCACUGUUACGCCUUAA